AGCCAUUUUGGCUCCAGCGCCGCGCCCCGCGGCGGGCCCCGCCCUGCUGGCCGCCGGCGCGGCUGGCUCUCGUGAUGGGGGGCCGCAAUGCGCUGGCCGCCCUCGCGGCACGGUCGCGCCUUACAGCGCUGGCCCUGGCCGCCUGGGCCGCGGGGGAGGGCGGUGGCUUCGACCUGGACUACAGCAGGGCGGGCGAGGACUGGGAGGCCCUGUGCCACAGCGGCAUGCAGUCUCCCAUCGACGUGGAGCCCGAUCACGUGAAGGACGGAGACGUGCAGGCGAGGGUGCUGUACAAGCCCUGGUCGCUGGAGGACAUCGAGGUGGCCGAGCCAUUCGGAAAGGUGCCCAGGCUCGAGUUCAAGCCCGGGCGGUCGCCGGGGCUGCUGGUGCUCGGCACCAGGUACGGAGACCUCGACGAGUACCAGCUGACCUCCGUCGAGGUACAUGCCCCGAGCGAGCACACGUUCCGCCAAGCCACCUGGCCCGUGGAGCUCCAGCUCUGGCACGUGCCGGUGCCCCUCGCGAGGAUCGGCAAGCUCGAGCGGCGAAUAGCGGAGCUGGUCGAGAAGAGCGGCGAGUUCGACGACAAGUUGCAGAGUAUGGCGAAGGCUGAUCAGGACAUGCUGCAGGAGCUGGCCGGUACGAGCUCCCCUUGGGAGACCGCCGAGGGGAGGGAAGCCGCGGAUAGCGUGAAGCAGACGCUCGACUGGGUGGACGCCUCCAAGGCGGAGCUGGAGGCUCAGGCCUCCGAGCUGCGCCAGCACACGUUCGAGCAGAUGGAGAUGGCUGACGCGCUGGCGCAGGAGGUGGACGGCAUCGUGCUCGCGCAGGAGCGGGAGCUGGCCAACCACCACGUGGUGAUCUCCCUGUUCGUCCGGAGGGCGGCCAGCGCGGUCCACGGGGACGCGUCUUCUCACGAGAUCGUGGAGUGGGUGACCGAGGCCCUUGUGCGAGGCGGCAACCAGAGCGGUGCGGGCGGGAGCGCCCUUGACGCGCGCGGGCUCCUCGCGGAGACGGUCGGGCGCCGGCCGCUCAUCUCGUAUCCGGGCAGCCUGAACCGCCCGCCCUGCACGCCGAACGUGAGGUGGCUCUUGACGGACAGGCCUAUCGUCGCCAGGCUGGAGCACAUUGAGGAGCUCAUCCGCGCGACGCUUCUGCGCGAUCCAGACGGAGGCUUCAUGGACGACGGCCUCAUAGGCGACUCGCGGGAGACCCAGAGCAGCGAGAACAGGAGGCUGGAGCGCGUGAGGUUAUUCAGCGCGGAGUUCGAGGAGCCGGUCAUCGUUGAGGAGAGCUUGUUGGCGGCGGAGAGCCAGAAGUGGAUCAGGAUCGCGCGGUACUCCAAGCUCUUCUGCGCGUGCUCCUUCGCCAUCUUGUUGACGCCCUGCCUCUUCAUCUUCUUCAGGGCCUGCGGCUUCUCCGAGCAGCAGGGCGCGUCGCCGGGGGCCGAGUAGCGUGAGCUCCAUCCCCCGCGCGGGCGGCCGCGCGUCGGCCGCUUGGUGAGGCUAGAGAGCCGCAGCUCAGCCGCAGCGGAAAAAAAAACCCUCCUUGGUUGGGUAGUCGUUUGAAUAGAGCAGUGUGGUCUCCACUCCUUCCUUCCUCCUCCUCCUCCCUCCCUGCCUCUUCCUGUCUUGCCUGCGGGGGGCUGCGAUCU